CCUGAGAUUCUGUCUCUAGAUUCUUUCAGCGGGAAGAUCGACGUAUGGUCUCUCGGCUGCAUUGCUGCUGAGCUGUCAAUGGGCACACCGCUGUUCCGUGCCAAGGAUGAGGAAGAUUUGAUGAUGAAAAUUGCAUUUGCACGAAGAGAUCCAUGGCAAGGAGGAAACCUCCUACCACAUGCGUUCUGGCCAAGAUCUUGGUUGGAAGGCAGAUUUAUGAGGAAUCAUCCUGCCUGGUCUCAAGACGUCCAAGCGGAAUUUUAUGACCUGCAGUCCUUUAUGGACCUAAUGACUGAGAUGCUGAUGAUGAGUCAGUAUAAAAGAAUUACCCCCGCCAGAAUUCUCCAGCAUCCAUUUAUCACCAUGAGCCACCUUCAAGGUUCAUGCAAAAACAGCCUCUAUGUGAAGUCAUGUAAGGAUCAGAUGGACAUCUGAUGGCCAGGAUCAGAGCUCUGAGGAUGGAGGACAUUGAUACCAGGUGAUCCUGCAAAUGUCCCUGAGCAAGGACUGCUCCAUCAGCACUGCCAGCCCAGCCAAGGAGG